CCCGGUUUGAUUGGUACACACAUACACAUUAUCAAUCGAUUACCCAUCGAAAAUACGAAUCCUUUAUUUGGGCCAAUGUAAAUACGAUUGGGCCGAAAAAUUCUCUGUCUCUCUGUCUUCUCGUUCCCGGCGAAGCGAUUCAACUUCCAUGGACUCCUCUCUGCUCUCGGCGGCUACGGCCGAGACCUUCAACGGUAAUGCGGCGGAGCAGGUUGCUCCUCCGCUACAGCCUCCGGGUACGGAUAUGACCGGUAUUAGCUUCAGGGAUCAGCUAUGGAUCAAUUCGUACCCUCUUGACCGUAACUACGUCUUCGACUACUUCGCUUUGUCUCCGUUUUACGAUAUCACCUGCAACAACGAGAUGCUUCGUAGGAGAUCCAUUCACCCUCUCGAUCACUCUCACCUCUCGAAGAUGACAGGACUAGAAUAUGUGAUCAGUGAGGCUACGGAACCAAACCUGUUCGUGUUUCGUAAGCAAAGGAGGGAUGGUCCAGAGAAAGUCACGCCGAUGCUAACAUAUUAUGUCUUGGACGGUACCAUAUACCAAGCUCCACAGCUUUGUAGUGUGUUUGCAGCUCGAGUGGGUCGUGCUGUUUACAAUAUAUCCAAGGCUUUCUCUGUUGCUGCGUCGAAAUUGGAGACUGUUAGGCAUGUUGAUGAUGAGAACCAGAAGGAACCUUCUGAGCCAAAGCCUGCUAGUGAGACGGUUGAUCUGAAGGAAAUGAAGCGAGUCGAUACCAUUCUUAGUUCUUUAUAUCGCAAGUUACCCCAAGCUCCUCCACCACCACCGUUUCCUGAAGGAUAUGUUAGCCAAGAAGCAUUGGGAGAAAAGGAAGAGCUUGGAACUCAAGGAGGAGAGUCUCAACAGCCUCAAAUCGAUCCUAUUAUCGAUCAAGGUCCUGCUAAAAGAACCAAGGGUCAAUUUGGUUUCCUUCUCUCUCCAUCGCGCAUGGCCGGUGCCGGAAUCCACCCUUACCACCAGCAGUGGCCGCCGGGAGGUGCGCCGCCUCCUCCCGCCGCAGUCUCCUCAGCUGCUCCACCACAUCCCCCGCCUGUUCGUCAUCAUCACCCUCCUCCUCCUGUUUUAGUUGACAACCAUAAUCGUCCUCCUUUUGAUGAGCUUCAUCUGGAUGGAGCUAUGAAAAACAUGAAUAUCUUAGACGAGUUUGAAUCUGUUGUUACACAGCUUCGGACAAUCUUCAUCGCUGGGCUUCCCGAUGAUGUAAAAGAGAGAGAGCUUCUGAAUCUCUUAAGAUGGUUGCCUGGUUACGAGGCUUCUCAGGUGAACUUCAAAGGAGAAAAGCCAAUGGGUUUUGCUCUUUUCUCCACGGCACAGUUUGCUGUGGCAGCCAAAGAUGCCCUUCAGCAACUGGUGUUUGAUGCUGAGUCAAAGUCUGUGAUACAUACAGAGAUGGCCAAGAAGAAUCUCUUUGUUAAAAGAGGAAUAGUUGGAGAUUCAAAUGCUUAUGAUCAAAGUAAGCGCCUACGAACUGGUGGUGACUGCACGCACUCUGUUUAUAGUCCGUCUCCUUUCCACCCUUCUCCUCCUCCUCCAGUGUGGGGACCACCUCACGGGUAUAUGGCACCUGCACCUCCACCAUAUGAUCCCUAUGCAGGUUAUCACACUCCCCCUGUACCUAUGCCUGCCCCUGCACCGAUAGCAGCUCCUAGUUCAUAUGUGCCUGUCCAGAAUAUUAAGGAUAACCCUCCUUGCAAUACCCUAUUUAUUGGUAAUCUUGGAGAGAAUAUUAACGAAGAAGAAUUGAGGAGCCUGUUGAGCGCGCAACCUGGUUUCAAACAAAUGAAGGUUCUGCGACAAGAAAGACAUACAGUUUGCUUUAUUGAAUUCGAGGAUGUGAAUAGUGCCACAAACGUUCACCAUAACUUGCAAGGUGCUGUCAUUCCAAGUUCUGGCUCAGUUGGCAUGAGGAUCCAAUAUCCUUUAAAUACUCACUCUAACCCAUUCGGGAAAAGGAAGGAAGGCGGCGGCUACUCGUUCUUUCCUUCUCCAAACGCAAAUGGAGCUCAAGGAGCCCUGACAUAUCAG